GUCUCAUUCAUUCAGUGCAAGACAGCUGUGUGGAGCACCGGGUCUGCUGCAAACUUAUCAGUUCUCAUCAAAUAACAAUCUGCGUAACGUUUUAUGUAAUCAGCUUCAAUAUUUCCAAGCGGCAUUGCAAACCUAAACUUGGAUGUAUAAGUAACAACAUCUGACAAAAGUGUACGUUUACAUCACAGUUUGAAUUAGGGCAUUUUCUGCGCUGUUUAACAAAUAAACCCUUGAGCUCGUCUGAAUUUGGAACAGCGUCUCCAGACUUGACUACACUGCACUGCUGGUGUGUGUUUGUGGAUUUACUUUUCCGGAACUAUUAUCCCGAAGGUGGCCCAUGAAUGCAAACAUUUGGAAAGAAAUCCAAAUGUUUUUUUUUUCGCAUUGGAUAUACAGUAUUCGUUAUGUUCAGUGUUUAUAGCAAUUCAUGCUUGAUGAUGAUUUCAUUGGUUGGAUCUUAUUAGGCGUAUCGGUUGAUAGAUUUGGAAAUCAUGGAUGAUUGCAAAUAGGGUUUCAGAUGCAUGCCAAGUCCACAGUGAAUGUCGGAAGUCGUGAUCACCUCAGAUGGAGCCCCAAAGUCCACAUGGCAAUGGCGGUUCAUUAGUUGUGAUACAGCAGCCUUCCUCGGACAGCAGACCAAGGUUUGCCUAUGAAAGAGGGAUUCAGCAAACAGCCAUUCUCUCACUGGACCAAAUCAAGACUAUCCGGUCAAGCAAUGAGUACACAGAGGGUCCUUCUAUGGUGAGAAAGCCUGCUCCCAGGAUAGCUCCAAGGCCAGAGAAGCACGAAAGGACUCAUGAAAUCAUACUGAUCAAUGUGAAUAAUAACUAUGAACAUCGUUCUUCUACCCAGCCAGGAAAUGCGGGUCUGCAGUAUAAUGCUAGGGUGCCUGUAUUGAGUAGGUCCACCAGCACGGGGAGUGCAGCAAGUUCAGGGAGCAGCAGUAGUGCCUCUUCAGAACAGGGUCUACUAGGGCGCUCACCAGCAACAAGGCCUAGCCCGGCCCACCGAACGGACAAGCCAGUUCGAACACAGCCCAAGUCUUCUGCUUCAUUAGGGGACAAGCUUAAAAGUUCAGGGAAAGAGGAAAACACAAAACAUCAGUUUAUCUGUGAACAGUGUGGCAAGUGUAAAUGUGGUGAGUGCACAGCACCGAGGACUCUCCCUUCCUGCCUGGCUUGUAACAGCCAGUGUUUAUGCUCAGCAGAGAGCAUGGUGGAGUAUGGCACGUGUAUGUGCUUGGUCAAAGGGAUUUUUUACCACUGUUCAAAUGAUGAUGAAGGGGACUUGUGUGUGGACAAUCCUUGCUCCCUAUCCCAGUCACACUGCUGCUCAAGGUUCAUGUGUAUGGGAUUAAUGUCUAUGGUGUUGCCUUGUUUACUCUGCUACCCUCCAGUCAAAGGGUGUGUUAAGAUGUGCCAGGGCUGCUAUGACUGGGUGAACAGGCCUGGGUGCCGGUGUAAGAACUCCAAUACUGUUUAUUGCAAACUGGAGAGCUGCCCCUCACAGAGCCAAGCCAAACCCUCAUGAUUCCACUUGGAACUCUCAUCAGUCUUGUUGUUAAGUUAAAUGUUAUGUACCCCCCCACCCCCCCACACACACUUUAUCCUCUCUGGAACAAGCAUGGAGAAUGAUGCCACUUUUGCUAUCCUCUGACCUUUUACAAGCCAGUGUUUUGCCUUGCAAUUCUUUUGUGUUGUUUUUGGCUACUCAUUAACACACUUCAUUGUAAUGACAUACUCUCUAGGGAGGGGUCUUCUCUGUGCUUCAGCUUUGUGUGAGACCAUCUCCUUACCAAAUUUGUGAAGGACUAUCUAGACAGUGAUAAAUAUAUACAUAUAUGUAGCGGUUACCAGAUUUUCAUUGCAACCCAGAUUGUUAUUGUUUGUAUAUCUAAAUUGUAAAUGGGUGCCAUAUAAAACGGUGGGUAUUUCUGUUACUAUGCUAUUAACAUUUUGGUAAACUUAAUUUAUGUAAGACUUAAAGUAUUCAUGUCCCACUUCUCCCCCCCCCCCCCCCCCACCACCCCCA